AUGGCUAAUUCGGGAACAACCCUGCGUUGGAAAGUUGGCGACGAAGAGGCCGUGAAUGAAAUUUCAGUAGAGAGAAAAGACACUGAGUAUGAUAAAGACAAGGAAAAGAGUUUGCGCCGGCACUCAAGCUCGAGGACUAUGGACCCGAAAUCUGCGAUUCCCAUUCAAUAUCGGAGCAUUUCGUUCGAAAUUGAGGAUGAAGGAGAAAGAAACAAACGAUUUAAACAACAUGCGGAGAAUGAUAAGAUGGCCGAAGAAUGGCGCAAUAUGGAGUGGCACACCUUAUCCAUGGAGGAGAUUCAAAAGCGCCUCGAUGUAGACGCAUCGCUUGGAAUCUCCAACGCUUCUGCCAAGGAGCGUCUUCAGAAAUAUGGCGCCAACAAAAUCUCUCCGCUUCCAAACCCCUGGCUCUGGAGGAUUAUCGGCUACUUUUUCAAAGGAUUCGGCUCGAUUCUUAUGAUUGGUGGAAUCCUGGUCUUUGUUUCCUGGAAGCCGCUGGGCGAUCCUCCAGCGAUUGCCAACCUGGCUCUUGGUAUUGUUCUCAUUGCAGUGUUCUUCAUUCAAGCUGCUUUCAACGCGUGGCAGGACUUUUCUUCCUCUCGAGUGAUGGCUUCAAUUACUGCCAUGCUUCCCGAGUCAUGUAUUGCUCUCCGUGGGGGCUCGCGAGUGGAAAUCUCGGCUGUUGAUCUUGUUCCAGGAGAUGUGUUGAUCAUAAAGGCUGGUAACAAGAUCCCGGCGGACAUUCGUUUUAUCGAAGUAUCGCAUGAUCUGAGUAUUAACAGAUCGGUCAUAACUGGAGAGUCCAAACCAAUCAAUGGCAGUACCGAAAGUACAUCCGACAACUAUCUUGAGACAAGAUGCAUUGGGCUUCAAGGAACCCAUUGCACCACUGGUAAUGGACUUGGCAUCGUGGUUGCUGUUGGCGACUCCACGAUUUUCGGUCGAAUCGCGAAGUUAGCAGGUGAACCAAAGACUGGUCUUACAACAAUCGAAAAGGACGUUUUUCGCUUUGUGGCUCUAAUCUUUAUCAUCAUGGUCACUUGGAUUAUCGUUCUGGCUGCUGUCUGGGGCGGCUGGCUUCAUAAAGUGCAUCCCGACUAUAUCAAUGUGCCGACGCUCAUCGUGGAUUGUGUGAGCGUGGCCAUCGCAUAUAUCCCCGAAGGUUUACCCAUUGCUGUCACAGCCAGCUUGACUAUCACUGCAAACAUCAUGAAGAAGAACAAAGUGCUAUGCAAGUCACUCAAGACUGUGGAGACUUUAGGUUCGGUCUCAGUUAUUUGCACCGACAAAACAGGCACACUGACCAGAAAUCGCAUGGCUGUCACCGACUAUGCCGUGCAUGCAACAAAAUCUAUUCUUGAUUCUACAGGCGAGCACACAACAAUCAAAAUGGACAUUCCCGUACUUCGGCAGGUUCAAGCCGUGACCGGUCUUUGCAACGAAGGUGAAUUUGAUACGGAAUCGGCGAAUGCUCCGCUUAGUGAGAGGCGCAUUUUCGGUGAUGCCACAGACCAAGCCAUUCUCAGAUUUUCCGAAAGCUUGGGAUCCGUGGGUGAGCUUCGCAAAUCCUGGCAAACAAUCUUCACCCUUGGAUUUGACAGCAAGAAUAAAUUCAUGAUCAAAGUGAUCAAAGCAGCCAGUCCCGAUGCUCCAGGUUUCUUUCUUUCGUCUGAUGAGGCUGGUCAAUUCGGACCCAGUGAUGUGCUUUUCACCAUCAAAGGGGCUCCAGAUAUCCUGAUUUUGAGAUGUUCUAGAGUACUUUGCCCCGACGGCGAAGUCAAGACUCUGACGCAGGAUGAUCUUGCCGCCGUAAAGCGCUUGAAGGAUGAAUGGUCUUCUCAAGGCAAGAGGGUCAUCAUGUUGGCUCGCAAAGUUCUGGAAAAGGACACUAUACUAGCUAGUCCUAGUUCCGUCGAAUUUGAGACACAAAUGCUUCAUGAAGCCAGAACUGGUCUUACCUUGGUCGGAAUGGUUGGCUUGGUUGACCCGCCGCGAUCUGAAAUUCCGGAGGUCUUUCGGGUGCUCCGACAGGCACAGAUUCGAGCUUUCAUGGUUACUGGCGAUUUUGGACUCACGGCUCUCGCUAUCGCUCGUCAAUGCAACAUUGUUACCACCGAUUCCAUCCACGAUGUAUCCUCUCUUUCUAAAUCUCCCGUCUCGGAUGAGAAAGAAGUAUUGAGAUCCCAGUCUGCCUUGUCAAUCAGUGGACCAGAGUUGAUGACUCUGAAUGAUCAUCAAUGGAACCAACUGUGCAAGUAUCCUGAGAUCGUCUUCUCCCGUACUACCCCCAACCAGAAGCUGCGGAUUGUGCGUGAGUUUCAGUCAAGAGAAGAAAUUGUCGCAAUGACAGGGGAUGGUGUCAACGAUGCUCCCGCCCUUAAAGCAGCUGAUAUUGGAAUUAGUCUCACCAGCGGCUCGGAUAUUGCCAUCGAGGCUGCCGAUAUGGUGCUACUCGAUUCGUUUGCUGCGAUUGUUGAAGCCGUACGCUAUGGGCGUGUGGUUUUCGAUAACCUCAAAAAGACAGUUGCCUAUCUUCUACCAGCUGGCUCCUGUUGUUUCACGGACUGCGCCGCCGCUAUAGCUUUGGCCUAUGAGACUCCAGAAGCAGAUGUGCUGUUCCGACCUCCACGCCAUCCAAAGAAGACACGACUCGUCAACUGGAAAUUAAUGUUUCAUGCCUACGCUUUCAUCGGCAUGAUUGAGACAGCUUUGUCUUUCACCAUGGCAUUCUGGUACCUGGAAAGAAAUGGAAUUCAUUUCUCGGAUCUUUGGUUCAAGUUCGGAGAAUUGCCCCCAGAUGUGACCGAAGACUAUUACACAAUCAAGGUUAACGAAGCAAGUUCAAUAUACUUCAUCAACCUUGUGGUCAUGCAAUGGUUCAACCUAAUGGCAGUACGAACGCGUCAUCUUUCGAUAUUCCAACAUCCUCCGGCAUUCAAUAAGAAGACCCAAAAUCUGUAUUUAUUCCCGGCAAUUAUAUUUGCGCUUGGAAUCUCGGUUAUUUGGCUGUAUGUUCCUAGCUUGCAGAUCGUUCUGGGCACUUCGGGUAUUCCUGCCGAGCAUUAUUUCCUCCCAGCUGCGCUUGGAAUCGGGCUCUUAUGUCUAGAUGAAGGGCGAAAGGCUGUUGUCCGUCGUUGGCCUCGUGGAGUUCUGGUAAAGAUGGCUUGGUAA